CGCCCCGCCCCGGGGCCGCGCUUGGGUCCCCGCAGCACCAGCCCUUCUUAAGGCGCUGGCAGCCCAGCUGAGCCCAGCCCAGCCCGGCUCGGCUCUGCUCGCGGCCCCGGCCAUGGAGACGGGCGGCUGCCGCAUGGGCGGCGCGGGCGCGGAGCCGGGGGCGCCGGCGAUGAUCACGCUGGAGGACCUGGACGGCCUGGCCGAGGAGAGCCCCGACUCGGCGUACCACAGCAACGGCAGCAGCCUGGAGGAGGAGGCCGAGCGCAUGGAGGACGAGGAGCAGGAGCGGCUGCUCAGCUUCUGGCAGAGCGUGGGCCGGGGGCACCAGGUGGACGUGCCCCGCGACAUGGCAGAGCCAAUUCAGCAGCUGACUAGAAAUAACAAUCCCCAGGAGAGACAGACCAUCCCGUUCACUCUGAUCCAGCGCAAAGAAAAGCUUGGAGAUGUGCUUUAUGAAAAACGUCAAUAUGGAAAAGCCAAGUGGGCUUGUAUAAAAAUGAAAGAAAAACAGUACGAGCAGAGCAUAUGUCUGGGAUUCAUGAAGCUGAUGAGGUACAUUUGUGAGCAGAAUUCCUCAGGACUGUACUUGGGGAUAACAAUACCCAUUGUGACUAUAGUACACACAAAUGAAUCUCAGUCGGAGCUGACACAGUCAGUGACAGUAGCAUACUACCUGCCCGAAGUACUGCAGGACCAGCCGCCUCAUCCUUUUGACUCGGACAUAAUCAUUGAGGAGUGGCCUUCUACUAUUGUUUAUAGUAGGAGCUUCAGAGGAAUCAUCAAUGAAGACUCCAUAAUGAGGGAGAUAAACCUGCUGGCGGAAAUUCUGGAGAGUCCCGAGUUAUGUUUGCAGGAUACAUUCAUCAUUGCAGGAUAUACGAAUCCAGCUGCUGCUAACCGACUCAAUGAAAUAUGGUUCCUUCAAAGACCAUAGUCUCCUGUUUCUGCUGCCCCUCAGUUACAAGAUUUGGUUUUGACUUCAUGGCAGAAUAUUGCAAGUGAACCAUGUGAGACUAGAGUACACUCAAAAAAUUUAGAAAAGUGGCUUUUAGCCAUUUAGCAAGACAAUCAGAACACCUUAAUAAGCAUACAGAAGUAACACCUGAAAUGUACACAAUUUCCUACGUCAAAUUUUACAAUUUUAAAAUAAUUGCUACAGAGAUUUUUAACACCUUUAAGAUUAGUUCACCUUAUCUGUUUUUUUUUUGUUUGUUUUUUAAACAAAAUAAGGGAGAUAGAGACCUCUCCCUCCCACCCACUUAUUAGCAUCCCUAAACUGCUUGUGGCUUGGGACUGUCUUAUGGGAGAUCCUGGAGCCUAUGCCCUGGGGCAGGUAGUGCUGCACCAGCUGCAGAAGAAGGAUACUGUAGGGGCUUCAUAUGGGGGACACACUAAAACCACCUCACAUGUACACUAUGCUUUCAAAGAAAAACUUUCAGGUCUUCAUUUUUGAAGAAAACUGCCAGAUUUAGGCCACUGGGAUUGAUCCAAGGAGCAAAACUAAGCCAAUGCUGACUAGUUUUGAUGCUGUCACCUGUGGAGCAGAGACUCUUAAUGCUUACCUCAGAAAGCAUUUAACCAAAGCAUGGGUUGUUUUUUUUUUAAACCAUGAGAAGAGACCAAGAAGUCAAAACAAUCCUAAUGCUCAUUAAACUUUUGAUAGCCAAAGUUAAGGUAUAUCUUACUCACACACUCAUAGCAAUCUCAUGACUGUAUGUGGCAUCCACGAAUAGAAAGUACCAUGCUCAGCUGUUCAGCUUUCUGAAUACUACGGUCUUAUAAUACAACUUUGCUGAAUGUUAAUACACUGCAACUGAAGUAAUCCAUUAUGCUCAGUAUGUUAUAGUUUUUAUGCUCAAUUUUUCUAGCAGUACUACAUAACUAAAGUUACAAAAAGGACACAAAUAUUUCAUAAAAUCAUAGAAAGAUUUAGGUUAGAAGUGACCUCUACCAGUCAUUGGGUCCAACCCUCUGCUGGAAAAGGCCAACUUUGAUGGUAGAGCAGGCGGAUAAGGGCCUCAUCCAGUCAAUUUUUGAGCAUCCUCAGGGAGGGGGAUUCCAUAACCCCUCUGGGCCACAUUCCAGUAUUUGACCACUCUCACUGUGAGAAUUAUUUUCCUAAUAUCUAAUUUUCCAUGUUGCAACAUGUUUCCUUUACCCUUCAUCCAUGUGACAUAUGGUAGUUCUUCAAGUUAGAGAACUGCUAGGGUAGCAUGCGGUUAUUCAAAGAAAAGCUUGUAUACUUCUAAAUGCAUCAGAAAAUUUGAAAGGGCCAUUCAAAUUUGACUACAUAUUACAAUUAAAGAGCACCUAAUGCACUUUAGAACCAGAUUACAAAUAAUUUUGUUCUUAGAAAUCCCUUAACCUCUCCCCUUAAAGAUCUGAUAGUAGAGUUUAAUCACAUUAAUUUAAUUAGUUUAAAUAAAGUAUAUAAAGUUACAAGAAUCAUAUCACCAGCAUUAUUUAUCAAUUACAAGAUUUAGGCUCUAGAGCUUUUGUGUUCUUUGGUUAAAACAACACACAACAACCAGAGCCAGUGUCUGCUAGAGCGCAGUCCUAUUAAUUGGCAAACAAAAUGGAUUUAUAUGGCACUUAUGAAAAAAAGUACAGCUCAAGAACUUUAAGCCUCCCAGCUCCACAAGGCUUUCUACUGCACAAAACCGACCUUAUUCUUCAAACUAAAACCUCUUACUGUGAAGCUCAGGCAGAAAAAUACAGGCUGGAAGCUGGUUGAUCCCACUUAAGCAAGAGCAAGGUGCCCUCUCGUGGUUGCUGUCCACAAAGACGACUUCGCUAAAACAGCAAGUGGGGCGGGGGGAGAAAAGCCUUAUUUUUAACACAAUUAAACUGAUAGCGUUUGUGGAAAAAAUAAGCAAUUCUCACUUCCUUCUUCCAAAUCUCUAAUUUCUCCAGCUCUUCAGACAUCCUGCACUGGUUCAACACAAACAUUUGCACUGUCACAAAUUAACUGGAUUUUAAAACUGAUCUCACUUGGGGGGAAGGGGAGAGAAAUCUCAAAAGACUGUGGUUUGUUUUUCGUUUUCUUCCCCUGAAAGCUGUCGGAUCUGGUUUGCCAGGAGGCUACUCUGGUUUGCUAGGUGGCAACACAAGUGCUUGUGUCAGUUGUGGCCACAACUAGGAACCACUUUUUUUUGAUGAUGUGACAGUGUAAAUGCAUGUCAAGGUAUCUCUUACUUAACAGGACGAGACGGUAAAGAUACCUGUCUCGCAUCUUUUAUUCCUUUCAAUUUUUUAAAGACAUAGGAUCACAGCCAGGAAAAAAUACUCUGACUUCAAUAUGUUCAAUAGUUUCCUGUCUGAUUACCCCUCAAGUUACUGACCAGCUAGAGUAGCUAUUUUAGCUUUGCUUUAUAUUUAACAUUUCUUCAUUUUGUUAGAAACACCAGCCAGUAUUAAAGUAAAAGCUAACAAGUUAAUGGAAAAUAAUAAAAGCUUUCAAUUGAGUUAAAUGGGGGAUCCAGGGAUGCAUUAAAUAACAGGUUUUGUUUUGGUCCAAAAACAAUUUUUUUAUAUAAAGGCAAAUAAAAAAUAUAUUUUGACCUUUGACAAAAUUCUAUGGCAAAUUAAAGAAGUUUUUGCAAAUUGAUUGUUUUUGACAGUUAUAGAAAUAAUAUGGAUGCUUUUAUACAAGAAAUGUCUAAUAGCUAUAGGAAGCAAUUAAAUCCUCUUGCCAGAAAGCAAUUUGUAUAUAUUUUACAUAAAAAACUGUUGAAAAAAGUGUUUGCUCUAUAGUACAUCUCUUUCCAUAGGCAACCUUCACCUGAAUAUUUCUGUGACUCAGCUGCUUGUGGGUACGGUAUAGAAACAUUCUUGUUACUAAAAUAUAAAAAUGAGCUGUUUAUCUGAAUGUGCUGAUAUCCUAACCACAGCAAAGUGUUCAGUGUUGCUCUAUGUAAAACUGUGAAUUCUGAGAUAGUAUUUAUAUCGACUUAUGUUAGACUGCUUAUGCUGCUGAGAAAGAACCAGUUAAUCUUAAGUUUGAAGAUACACUUUAUGGCUAUGGAACACUCUACCAACUCCUAUAAAUGCCCUCACAAAGAAGGGCACUAAGAACCGCAUUUUUUUUCAUUGAGACACAGAGCAUACUUAAUAGCUACACCAAUGAAUGCCAAGAAAAUGUUACUAUUAUUCAGAAAUACCAUUUCAGAAAGCUUGAAAACUUUCUCAAGCCUGCUUACCUAACUCCUGUUAUUGGAAUAGGUAUUUUAUCAUCCAUCUAUUGCUCUACUUUGUAAGCCAUUAGUCAAAGGAUUUUCAUUUUUAAUUUGAAGUACUUGAUUUGCACUAUUAAAAGGAGAUAAUAAAACAUAAUUCACACAUUUUGGAAAAUUAAAUGAAGUAGCCUUAGUAGAUAAAAUGUUGUCCUGCAUACUGUGUAUUUUUCAAACACGCAUUAGUGCCUAAAAAGUUUAUUCCAGUUAUUGUGAUACUCAGGGCCUUGCUUAUUGUAUGUAUACAAAUAUAAACAUAACUAUAAUUUUUUCCAGCAUUGUUGAGUUGUGCUGUUUUACACUGUCCUCCAUUUUCACUGAAAUGUUGUCUUGUUUACUGUUACUGUUUGUUAAAAUUAAAGCUAAUUUUACUGUG